UAACCGAAAGGGGGAGGGGGAGGGUCGCCAACAAACGGCUGAGCUCACAAUCCCGGCCACGACAGGCCGGAGCGUCCCCCUCCCCCAUGGAGACAGCCAGGCCUGAGCCACCGCCUCAGCCGCGCCAACUGCCACGGCCGACGCCUCCGCGCCCGUUGCGCCCCGCUCCGCCCUCGCUGCCAGUCGAGGGCAUAUCCUUUCGGGCAGGGGCUUCGGAGGCCUCGCCGUCGCCGCCUGCCCCGCGCGCGGCCACCAUUCUGACGGUGGCCUCGUCCUGUGGGGAGGCUCCGGCGCCGGGCGUACACCCCGGGACGCGGCGGGUGCUUCAGGUGAAGUCGGAGAAGGUGCUGCUGCUGCCGCAGGCGCCACUACUGCCUCAGGUCGAGGACGCGGGCGGCCCCGCCCCUCCCGCGCAGGCGCAGGCGCAGACACAGCUGCUGCAGCUGAGGCCCGAGCUGCUGCUGUUGCCGCUGCCCGCGUCCGAGGGCGCCCCCUACAGGCCCGAGCUGCGCCCAGUGCAGUCCCAGGUGCCGCAGCGGGUCAAGGCCGAGAAGCAGGCUGAGCUGGGCCACGGCUUGGAUCCGUCGGUGGGAACUCGGAGGGCCGUCGAGGCUGGUCCUCGAGCCUCCAGGGCGGCCAAGGUGGACGGCCACGGGCUGGCCCUCGACAGCCGCCGAGGGGAUGAAAACAAGGGCAAGCUGGGGACGGAGGAGGUGAUGAAGGAUGCGGUGACGGGCGGUGAGGACAAAGGCCUGGCUGCCGUCGGGGACGGAGCCGUCAAAACCGAGGACCCCGAGGGACUCCUCGGGGACUGCAGAGUGGGCACGGAGCCCGCGUCCAAUGGCCUGGCCCACGGCAACAAGGAGGUGAUCCUGGCCCAGCCGUCCAGCACCUUUGAGCUGCAACAGCAAGACCUCAGGAUCCCUCUGACGCUCCACCCGGUUCCCCCGGGCACCAGGAUCCAGUUUCAGGGACCUCCGCCGUCUGAUCUGAUACGGUUGACCAAGGUCCCGCUGACACCAGUGCCUAUUAAAAUGCAAUCCUUGCUGGAGCCAUCUGUAAAGAUUGAAACCAAGGAUGUCCCGCUCACCGUGCUUCCCUCAGACGCAGGAAUACCGGAUACUCCCUUCAGUAAGGACAGAAAUGGUCAUGUGAAGCGACCCAUGAAUGCAUUUAUGGUUUGGGCGAGGAUUCACCGGCCAGCACUAGCCAAAGCUAACCCAGCAGCCAACAAUGCAGAAAUCAGUGUCCAGCUUGGGUUAGAGUGGAACAAACUUAGCGAAGAGCAAAAGAAACCUUAUUAUGAUGAAGCACAAAAGAUUAAGGAAAAGCACAGAGAGGAAUUUCCUGGUUGGGUUUAUCAGCCUCGUCCAGGGAAGCGAAAACGCUUUCCUCUAAGUGUUUCCAGUGUAUUUUCUGGUACCACACAGAGUGUUAUCUCUACGAAUCCUACAACAGUUUAUCCUUAUCGUUCACCUACCUACUCUGUGGUAAUUCCCAGCCUGCAGAACACCAUCACUCAUCCAGUUGGUGAAACCCCACCUGCCAUCCAGCUGCCCACACCUGCAGUCCAGCGCCCAAGCCCCAUCGCACUUUUCCAGCCCAGUGUCUCCAGUAAUGCCCAGGUGGCCGUCCAGGCUCCAAGUCUGCCGCUGUGCCCGGCACUUCCGCCUCAGCGCUUUACUGGGCCUUCCCACGCUGACACUCCUCUCCUGCCUUCUGGACCCAGGCACUCCGUGAAGAGACCCACCCCUGUCUCUAUCGAGAGCACCGACAGUAUUUCAACCAGUGCAAGUACUGCCGAUGCCAGAUUUGCAACCCCGACCAUCCCACCUCCCAAGGAGUAUUCCAGCAUAUCCAGCUGUCCCAGAAGUGCUCCAGUCCCCCAGGCGUCUCCCAUUCCACAUUCACACGUCUACCAACCAUCUCCCCUUGGCCAUCCAGCCACACUGUUUGGGACACCACCACGAUUCUCUUUUCAUCACCCUUACUUCCUACCUGGACCUCACUACUUCCCAUCAAGCACGUGCCCUUAUAGUCGGCCUCCCUUCGGCUAUGGAAAUUUUCCAAGUUCAAUGCCAGAAUGCCUGGGUUACUAUGAAGACAGGUAUCAAAAACAUGAAUCUAUGUUCUCAGCUUUAAAUAGAGACUAUCCUUUUAGAGACUACCCGGAUGAGCACGCACACAGUGAAGAUUCUCAGAACUGUGGGAGCAUAGAUGGGACCUCUUACUACAGCACCCACAGCCACGGCGGGGAGGAGUACCUGAACCCCAUCCCUCAGCUGGACAUCGGAUCCUUGGAAAACGUCUUCACAGCCCCAGCGUCAACUCCCUCCAGCAUCCAGCAAGUCAACGUCACUGACAGUGAUGAGGAGGAAGAAGAAAAAGUGCUCAGGAAUUUAUAAUUUUAAAACACACAUAUGCACAGAAAAUAAACAUAUCUUAAAGUAUAUUCUGGGUCAGUUGGUGUCAGAAAAAAAAAAAAAGCCUAGAAUGCUUUGCUGAGAAUUUUCAGCCAUGAUUUGAGGAGUCAAAACCAAAUGUAAUUCAUGUCUUUGUAAGGUUUUGAGUAGUGGAACUGGAGUCCUGACCUGGUAUUUCAUCUUAGGAAUAUUUAAAACAUGAAGUACUUUAUUUUUCAUGGCUGAAAUUUACACCAGUCCAUAUCAUCAUUCUCUUAUCUUGCAGCAUGGGAAAUGCAGAAGCCUCACAGUUGUGUGUGAGGAGGGAGGGAGAAUAACACACCUGGCAUGGCAAGUGUGAUUUGCAUUUAUCUCAGGAUACAUUCAUUUACUUACUUUUCUUAAAUACUUUUUGUUUAGUGUUUAUAUAAUACUUAUGGAUAUUGUCAGUGUUUUUGUAACAUUUUGAAAAUAUUUUGAUAACUUUUAGAAGUAAACUGGGACUCAGUUACUAAAUUUAAUUCACACUAAUAAUCAAUUCUAAGUUGCAGAUGUGUUUUAAAUGGCACCUGGGUAAUUCUUUCAGCUCUAUUUAGUCAUUACUCUUCCGAGACAAUUUUAUCAUCAUAUUUGAAUAUCUUUUGCCAUUUGGUAUGCAUUGUUAUAUUUUUGUUAUAGUUAAAUAAAGAGAUAAAAUUGUUCUUGCUGAAUGUUUUCUGUUUGGAGGAUAGACAAAAGCACAGGAUUUUUCAUUUAAAAUGAUUAUUCAUACUGCACAGAAACAUUUCUUUUUACCUAGUACCUCCAGAAUUACAGAGAACCCUCUGUUACCUUGCAUAAGACUUGAAAUUUUAUCAACAAAGAAGUGUGUAUGUUCUGAUGCUAUUUGGAUGCUGUAUUUCAUGUGGACACAUGGGAUUUAAGCACUCACAAAAGGGAGGGGCCUUUCAAGAGUUGGCUCAGGCUGCUGUCUUGGAAACCAUGGAGUUUACUUAAAAGCAUAUGGAAUUUCUUUAAUUCGCAGUAUACAAAAAACUCUACUUAUGGUAUAACCUCUCAGCAAGCACGCACUUACAGAAGACCUUCUUAGAAUAGGGUCAGGACCAUCAGAGUUGGGAUCAUGAUGAAAGACAGAUAUAGGAAGGCACAAAGUGAGUUGAUGAUGGGAUAUUGCUGCAAAUCUGUACGCUUUUCCCUCAGUUAACUGUAAAUUUAUGCAAAGUAAGGUGUUGUUACUUAAAACUGCUCGGAAAUUGUGUAUGGAAACCUGUUCUAAGCUUCAAACUUAUUCCUUCACUAAGCUUGCAUUUGCUUCUUAAACAAAGAUUGUUAAUGUAAUACAUUUCAUCAACCCUAUAUUGUAUGUACCAUUUUUAC